AUGAAAGACGUCUGACGUACCGUGAGUUCCGUCAUCCGUCGUUUCAUGUUGAUUUCAUGAUAUUGUCAUAAUUUCGUGUACUUUUCGCUAAUUCGUAUUCUAUUUAUAUUUAUUAUUUAACCAAGUAUGCCUCGAUUAUGAAUCGAAAUCAAUAAACAUGGACACAGAAACUAAGACGCAUCAAGAUGUUUCUAAGAAAAAUUCAUUUGAUGAGCUAUCUAAGGAGGAACUGAUUACAAAAUGUAAAAGCUUGCUUCUAAUUGCUCAAAAAGCAAGGCAUUCCAAGCAAGAUCUUCAAAGUGAAAUAGACCAAUAUAAAGUCAAACAACAGGAAUAUGAAAAUUCAAAGAAACAAUAUGACGAAAAAAUUCAUACUCUUGAAGAACUUGCUAAUUCUCUUACUGAGCAGAAACUUAAUUACAUAACUGACCUUGAGUCUGCCCAAAAUAAAUUGAAAAAUUUAAAUCAACAGUGUACAAAGUAUGAGGAAGAAAUCAAAAAUCACAAAGCAGAAUUAUUGAUAAAAGAAAAGAAAUAUGCAGAUUCACUUGUCAAAUUAUCCGACCUGGAUAGUGAAAAUAUAUCAUUCAAAAGACAAAAUACCAGACUUGUGGAGGAAAACGAGCAACUUCUUAACCAGCUGUCUGAGUUGGAAACAAGGAUAGAAGAGUUCAAUAAUAUUGGACUACAGCAAACAGAACAAUUAAAGGUGUUGGAAGAAAAACUCCAGUCAGAAUCUGCAUUUGAAGCAACAUUUAAAGAACUUAAUGACAAAAUUGCUGAUCUAGAAAGUAAACUUAAAUCAUCAGAAAAUACUGAUGAAGUUAAGAAUAAAACAGUUGAAUAUGAAAAUAAGAUAAAGGAGUUAACAGAACUAUAUGAGAAUGAAAAAGUCUACCAUGAAAGAUCUAGCAUUAAGUUAAAAAGUUACAAAGAUAAAAUAUCGAAAUGUGCUGCUUGUAUAAAUCAACUUAAAAAUUCUAGAUUCAUAUUAUCGAAAACAGUUAAAGAAUAUUCAGAAAACAUUCCUAAAUGGCAAAAUGACAUUAUCGCGGCUUCCGUUGUUUUAGACGGCCAGUUAAAAAAGCUAAAUGAAGAAAAUAAUGCAUUAAAAGAUAAGAUAGCCCUAUUAGAGGAGCAAUUAAAACAACAGACGAGUUUAACAGACUGUGAUUCUACAGUACCUACGUUAAAAGAAGAAGUUCACGCUCUAAGAAACCAAAUUAUCCAAUUACAAAAUCAAAAAGGUGAUUUGGAACAAAAUAACAAUGAACUAACACAGCAUUUACAAACUCUUAAAGAUAAUAUUCAAGAUAGUGAUAACAUAAAACAUGAACUGGAAAAACUAGGAGAAAAAUAUGACGCUUUAUUAAUUAGGAACACAGAAUUGGAAAAGAUAGAGACUAAGAAUGUGGAACUCAUUGACCAGCUACAGAAAAGCAAUACCAAUAAUGAAGUUAUGGUACAUUUGGAAUUACAAAUAAGAGCUUUGGAAAGCGAAAAAUCUACACUAGUCAAAGAAAAACUAAAUGCUAGGGACAUGUCACUGGAAUUAGAAGGGAAAAAUAAUAUCUUGACCAGUCAAAUUCAAAAAAUGCAAAAUGAUAUACAUAAUUUGAACUUAAAAAUUAAUGAAUUAACAAAAGAGAACGAAAUUUUAUACGAUCGUGCAAAAUCUGAAAAAGAUGGACAAGUCAGUGUGUUAAAAUGUCAAGUGGCAGCUCUCCAAGAGCAGCAUGAUUUACUGAAAAACGAGUAUGAAAGUGUGGUCGAUAUUAAUGGAUUAUUAAAGGAAGAAGUUGAAACUCUGAAAUUAUCUUUAGAACAGCCCAAAGAUGAGUCCGACAAUAUGUCUGAAUUAAAUGUAUCAUUACAAGCAGAUAUUGUAAAGUUGGAAACAAAAUUGUCGGCGUACAAACAGGAAAAUGCUUCACUUAUAGCCGAAGUUAAAGAAUCGCGUUCGAAACUAAAAGAGUUUGAUAGUUUAGUAGCUGAAAAUGAAGAUGCAAAAUUAAAACUUUCCAGUUAUAAAACAGAAAACGCAGAGUUACUAAACGAAAUGAAAGAAAUAAAUCAAGUACUUAAAGAACGCGGAGAGAGUAUAUCUAAAUUACAAAAAGCUAUUGGGGAAAUGGAGAGGUUAAUAGAUACACUAGAAAAAGACAGGGAUAUCACCAAUCAGGAGAAAGAAGAACUUCGUAAAACAAUAGGAGUGUUAGAACGUGAAUUAAAUAAUGCAAAUCAGAAAACUACCGAAGAAAGUGGCAUAAGCCAGAAGUUAUUAUCUGACAAAGAAACUGCACAAAGGAGUGUGGCUGAAAAAGAAGCUGUAAUUUUGGCUUUAAGAGAAGAAAUAGAGAAACUUAAACAACAGUCUUGUUCUGCUCCGGACAUAAGUAAUGAAGAUAUGUCUACUUCAACCAUAUCUAAAGCGGAAGAAUAUUCACGUAUGCGAGAUUUAGAUGAAACUUUUGAGGAAAAGUACACGAAGCUACGAAUUUUUGCUUUGAAAUUGAAAAAGAAGUUGAAUGAAACCAUGAUGCAGUUGCAAAGUGCAGAAAAAGAAAAAGAAAAACUUACUAAGUUACUUGAAGAGACUCCCAAAACAAUGGUAGCCUCGAUUAACGAGGUCGAUCAUGGGCACACGGACCAGACUCAGCAGGAACAAAAAAAUCAGGCACUUAUAUCGGAACUCGAGACAAAAGUGCAAAGUCUGACUCUCUCUGUCCAGUCUAUGGAAAGUUCUACGAGUGAAUUACAACUACUUAAAGGUGAACUUGCAAGUGUAAACCAAAGGUUAGAAGCUGAAAUAGAGGCACACAAGGCUACAAAGGAAAGCCUGGAUAAGGCUCGUCGCGAUGUUAAGAAAAAAGAUGUUCUGAGCCUAGAAAUGGAAGAUUAUGAGAAAUCUAUGAAAGACUUAACUUCGAAGAUGCAGGAAAACAAGAAAAAAAUUGUACAGAUGGAGUCUACAAUCGAUACGCAAGAAGGAACCAUCGCCUCAAUGAAAGUACAAAUUAAUUUGUUAGAAGAACAAAUAAAAGCUGAAGAAACACAGAAUCGGUUGAUCCGAGAAGAAUUACAGAAUGCUAUCGACGAAUCAAAAGAAAAGGAUGAAGUCAUUCAAGCAAAAAAUAACGUGAUUUCAAAAUUAGAGCAAGAAGUCGAGGACGAGAGGCGGAAAAAUGAAGAAUCCAAUUUUGAGACUACUUCUUUACUAAGUGACAAAGAAAAGAUAAUCGUCAGUCUUGGCCAAGACAAGGCGGAAUUGAAUAACAAAAUGAAACGAAUCGAGUUCAAGUGCGCUGAACUGAAUGACCAAUUGAAUAUCACAAAAAUUGAGUUGGAGGACUUAAAGACUGAACAUGCUAGUUAUAAGGUUAGAGCUCAAGCCGUGCUGCGGCAAAAUCAGACGGUAGAUCACAGCCAGGAGGAGCGACUGAAGGAAGAAGCCGCUGCGUUUAAGGCUCACAUCGAAACCCUUACGUCUAAACUGGCGACCGUCCAGUCGCAGUGGUCCGCGGCUGAGGAGGAGGCGGCGGCGGGGCGGCGGCGCGCGGCGGAGACUGCGGGCGAGCUGGCGCGCGCGCAGCAGCGGGCGGCGCGGCUGCACGCCGACCUCGCGCGCCUCACGCAGCAACUCGAAACCGAGCGGACGCACCACAAGCUACAAGUAUCAACACUUACACAAUGUUACAAGACACAAAUGGCGGACAUGGAGGCGCGACACCACAAAGAGUGUGACGAGCUGAGGAACCAGCUGACGAUCGCGCAGGAGACUGCGCCGCUGCCGCUGCCGCUGCCCGACCUCGACAACCGCAACUACGUGCCCGUCAUACCCAAGGAGGACAGCGACUCGGAGCUGGACAUCAAUGUGUCCAUGAUACCGAGAGAAGAAGGAGAGGGUUCAGAAUCGGCGCCAUCGCCACCGCCGUCGAAGUACAAAGCCGAAGGUUCGAAGGGCGGCGCGCGGUCGCCGGUGCCGCUGGAGCAGCUCCUGGAGGAGGGCGUGCCCGAGGACGAAGCCUCCGACGCCGCGGCCCUCGGCCUCACGCCCGACCAGGAGAUCCUGGACCUGCGCCGCAAGCUGCUUUCGCAGCAACACAGAGUGAAACACGUAACCGUGCUGCUUGCGGAGUCGGAGCGCGAGUGCGCGCGCAUGGCGCAACUCAGCGAGCUGCUGAAGGGCGAGCUGCGGCGCGUGCGCGGCGCCGCCGGCAACUCCGCGCACAACGCCGAGUACAUGAAGAACGUUACGCUCAAGUUCCUGACGCUGCCUCCGGGUGACGAGCGCAGUCGGCUUGUGCCCGUGCUGCAGAAGAUCCUGUCCCUGACCAAUGACGAGACGAGCAAAAUUCAGGCAGUUGCCAAAGGAAUGGAUCCAAAUCCAAAAGGGUGGGGAAGCUACCUGCCUUGGCCUGGGGGAAAAUAGCGUUGUAUUUUGUGUAGCCAUAUGCUUUGAUGAAAUUAGGAAAAAAAAGAAAUAGGUUAAACAAACAAUACAUAAAAAUGUUAAAUUGUAAGUAUCGGUGAAAUUAAUUUCAAAAGUAUGUAAUGUUGGCUGUUAAAAAUAGUUUGAUCGAGAAAUAAUUUACUCUUAAUUUAUGUAUUGUAUUAUGCUUGCCGCCUCGACGGAGACUCAAUUAUCCACGCAAGUCUCUUGCAGUUCAUUAUUCCUGAAUAUGGUACAAAUUAUAACGUGAAUAAUGACUGUUAUUUGGAACAAGACGGAGGAAUGGGCUUACGAGGAUGAACUCUAAAAUAGAUCGCAUACUAAAUAAACUCACAUACACACAAACUUAUUCAUUCCGAAUGUUAUUUUUAUUUAAGAAAUGUAUCAAUUUAAAUUUGUGCUUUAUACAAUCUUUACGAGUAAUUGUAACAUAUAUUUAUAUGAAUUUUUAACGUCUUUAAGUAUUAGUUGUUUUGUAUUAUAUUCGUUUUUAGUUCAGGAAAUCACAAUUGUGUGAAAGGAUAAAUAACGCGACAGUUUAUAUAAUUAUUGUAUUUGGCUUUACCAUUUGUCAUAUAUUACGUUUGCGAAACGUACCUCAUUCAAUUAUACUAUUUGAUGAAUUUAUUAAUGUGUAGUGCAGUAAUGGACCCCUUGAAUAUCAACAGGUAUUCAAACUAGUUUCAUUAUUAAAAUGACGGUCAUUAAGCCGUGACAUCAUUUUAUAUGGCAAAAAUGAUAAUAAACAUUAAUUUGAAUAAUAAAUGCCAGCAAGUUUGGAACCGGAUGUCUGCCUUAUCUAAUAUAACAAGCAUAGUGUCGGCCCGGUGAAUCUAUUUUCAGUUGCAUGUUACAACAUUAAAAUGUUAUGUUCUCCUCGAACUUACUGUUCCAGGCGCUGUUCUACUGGAAGUUAUAGUGCAAGUUGAUCGUGCAUUUCAUAGUCAACAUUCCAUACCAUGUGCAAAUAACUAUUACCACUAAAAUAAACAUUGGUUAUAAUAUAGGUUUAUAUCAUUAUGCAUACAAUAGUCAGUAUUUUCCUACUGAAGUUAUAUUUUAUUGCUUACUAUAAUAAGUAUAUGUGUUUUCAGUACAUAAUGAACACAUGUAGCUCGUAAUGGUCGUAACAUUGUAGAAAUCCCAAGAAAGGAAUUAAAUCGGAGGGCAAACUAUUAUCUAAAAAUGUUUCUGGUUCUUAUUUGAUUGCUUCUUUUAUCAUAAUCUGUCAAUUAGCAUAACGUCCAAUUUGAUGACACGUAUUGUUUUUACAAGCUUUUAUUAAACUCGCCCUGUUAGUAUGUAUGAAUAUUAGUGUGGUUCAAAUCUUGGAAACUAAAUUUGACCUAGUUCCCGGUUUGGAGCUGAAAUUUUGCUUACAUAUGUAAGUCGGGUGACAAUGCAAUAUUAUGGUACCAUCAAGCUGAUCUGAUGAUGGAGACAGGAGGUGGCGAUGGAAACUCUGUGAUGAAACAACGCAACCCAAUUGUGUUUGGGGUUUUUAGAACCAUCUUGAUCAGUAUUAGUUGCAUGUGGAAAGAAAAGUAUAGUCAGCGUUAGAAGCUUGUACAGUCAGCGUCAAAUACUUCGUAGCAGUCAAAGUACCCAAAUAGUUCGGUACACCAUAUAUUUAGUAUGGUGUACCGAACUAUUUGGCCACUUUGACUGCUACGAAUUAUUUGACGCUGACUGUACUAAAAAUGUUUUUAUUUUUUGCCAAAAACUUAUUUACGAAAUGUUACUUAUAUAAACAGCAGAUAUCCACUCGUCGGAAAUGGUAUCUUAAUUGUUUGCAAAACGUUGAUGACUUUGCCUUUUGCAAUUUUGAAGUAGUUUCUUCACUUUAGUUAGUGCGAUUGACUGAAGAAGAAGAAAAUAUGUAUAUAAAUUAUGUCAUUAAAUCAUAAAUAUUAUAAUUUGUAUUCGAUUUAUAUCGAUUUACGCGGUGCUUAAAUAAACAAAUUUCCGUUACAUUCAGCAGCAAAGUUAUUUCUUGAAACCAUCGUAACGCUCAAGUUUCAACUCUUUUAACUUCGCAUUUUAACUAUCCAUCAUGGUUCUAUUUAGAAAUCCUAUAAUAAAUAGAUAUAAGCAAGAGAGGUAAAUAACAACUUUAGCAAAAUUGUAUAAUAAAUACGGCAGUGCAUCUCUUGUUUUUCGGUACAACACAUGAUACUUAGUCAAAUGUAGUUGUAACAUCUCACCAACUAUAGGUGUCUGGAAAUCACAUGGUUACAUGGUUAUAUAUUGAGAAAAUAUACCUACUACUAAACAGUUUCUUUAAAUAAAUAUAAGAAAUGUAGAUGAAAUAGAUUUAUAUUUAUUUAUAUGUAGAUAAAUAAUAAAUCACUUAUGUAAUUCAGAAA